UGGUGCCGUAAGGGGUCGCUGUGGGGCCGCGGUGUGGAGUGUUGCGCGGCGAGGCCGGUGCUGCGAUGGCGCGGAGAGUGAUCUAUCCACUGUAUCAAUAUGGAAACCCUCAACUCAGGAUAUUUCGAACCAACUUUUUUAUGACCCUUGUGAGACCUGGGAAGGAGCAACCGGAGAAUACAGUUCAGUUUAGGAUUCCCAUGGAAAUGACAAAACCUGAUGUGAAAAAUUAUCUACAAGGCAUCUACAAUGUCCCAGUGGCUGCAGUAAGGACCAGAAUACAAUUUUGUACUAGCAAGAAGCGAAAUCAUAAGAAUCAGAGAGUGAAACGGCCUGAUUAUAAAGUUGCCUACGUUCAGUUAGCUGGAGGUCAGACUUUCAAUUUUCCAGACAUUUUUCCUCGGAAGGAUCAAACUCCUGAACCAGGAUCUCUGGAAGAAAUCCAAAAUAAGUUUUUGGAAGAUGAAAAACAGAAGCAGAAAGCAGAUCCUCGACGAGGUGGUGUCACUGAAUGGUUUGGACUUUAAGAGAGACAACCCUUUGAAAAUUGUACUUACAUUUUUCUUAGAAGAAAUAUAUUAUUUUUCAGAUGCUGUUCAUCAUGAAGGGUAACUCCUGUGGACAUUAUACAUUUCAGUUAAUAUUGCUUAAGAAACCCUCAAGUAGUUGGUCUUGAUUCUUAUAAUGCUGUGGUGUUGAGCUCUGUUGUGGGCUUUGAAUGAGUGAUGAUUUCUGUUAUUGAAAAUUUGGCUCAAGAUACAUGCAUUGAGCACAGUCUAUCUGUGAAUGGGUGUAUGUAAGGUAGUAUAUGGGCACCAGCAGUCUGGGCUAAUUUGUUAAGAAGAGAGUUUGAUAUUUGGUGGGGGUGCAUGGAAAAGAAAUGAAAUUACUCUAAGAUCAGCUGCAUUAUAAAAAAAAAAUCAUGCUUGCCAAGGAAUUUAUUGGCUAACUUUGUACACUAUAUUUUUGAGGGAAAAGCAAGUUAUAAAUUUUAUCUGUACAUUCUUGUUUUAGCAGCUGUCUUAAGUAUUGAAUAAAGGUUGAAAGCAAAAAUGC